AUGGCUCCAAGCAAGAUCCGAAGAGCCCUUGGGGCCGUGAAGGACAGGACGAGCAUAGGUCUAGCCAAAGUCGGCGGCAGCGCGUCCCAGUCCGACCUUGACGUGGCGAUCGUGAAGGCGACUCGACACGAAGAGUAUCCGGCCGAGGAGAAACACAUCCGAGAAAUCCUCAGCCUCACCAGCUACUCACGCGCCUACAUAAGCGCCUGCGUAAACACCCUCUCCAAGCGCCUCAACAAGACCAAGAACUGGACCGUGGCGCUGAAGACGCUCAUACUCAUCCAGCGCCUGCUCGCCGAGGGCGACGCCGCGUACGAGCAGGAGAUCUUCUUCGCCACCCGACGCGGGACUCGCCUUCUCAAUAUGUCGGACUUCCGCGACGCCUCUCGGUCUAAUUCGUGGGACUUCUCCGCUUUCGUGCGUACGUACGCGUUGUAUCUGGAUGAGCGGCUGGAGUUCAAGAUGCACGGUCGCCGGGGGAAGCGCAGUGCCUUUGAACUUGAGGAAGAAGAGGAUCAGGAAGCAGCUGCUGCCCCAGCUGCUAGGGCCACCCCUGUCCAUGAAAUGAGGAUAGACCACAUUUUCUCAAGGACUCAUCAUUUGCAGCAGCUCCUCGAGCGAUUCCUCGCUUGUCGACCAACAGGUGCCGCAAAGAGCAACCGGGUAGUGAUUGUGGCUCUGUACCCAAUAGUGAAAGAGAGCUUCCAGAUAUAUUAUGACAUUACCGAAAUCAUGGGCAUUCUAAUCGACCGGUUCAUGGAGCUGGAAGUCCCCGACUGCGUCAAGGUGUACGACAUCUUCUGCCGCGUCGGCAAGGAGUUCGACGAGCUCGAUCUCUUCUACAGCUGGUGCCGCAACACCGGCAUCGCCCGCUCCUCCGAGUACCCGGAAGUCGAGAAAAUCACCCAGAAGAAGCUCGACAUCAUGACCGACUUCAUCAACGACAAAUCUGCCCUCCAAUGCAGAAAGAACAAGAACAACAACAGUACUCCAGACCACAACAAACUCCUCCUCAACGAGGAAGACAAGGAAUCAGAACCCGAUGACAUGAAUGCGAUCAAAGCCCUCCCCGCGCCUGAAGGUUUCGAAGAAGAAAAGAAAACCGAAACAGAGCCUAAGCAGGAAGAGGAGAAGGUGGAGGAGAAACCGCAGCAGCAAUUUGAGGCAGACUUGUUGAACUUGCGAGACGACGCGGGGGCGAUGACGAGCGAACAGCAUGGCGACAAGCUGGCCCUUGCUUUGUUUGACGGCGGCGGCCCCGCCGCAUCGCCGCAGCCCUCCUGGGAAGCCUUCGGGGCGGGGUCUCAGGAUCCCGGCGACUGGGAGCUGGCCCUGGUUCAGUCGGCGAGCAAUCUUUCGGGCCAGCAGGCGGCACUGGGAGGCGGUUUCGACAUGUUGCUGCUUGACGGGAUGUACCAGCAAGGCGUGGCGUCGGCGAGAAUUGGUGCCGGUGGAGGCUCCGGAGCUACGGGGAGCGCUAGUAGCGUGGCGCUGGGGUCGGCCGGAAGGCCGGCAAUGCUGGCUCUGCCGGCGCCCCCAGUAUCGGAUGGAAGCGGUGGACCGUCUUCCUCGAGCGGUGGCGCAGACCCGUUUGCAGCGUCGCUGAAGGUGGCGCCGCCGUCGUACGUGCAAAUGUCGGAGAUGGAGAAGAAGCAAAAGCUGUUGGUGGAGGAGCAGGUGAUGUGGCAGCAGUAUACGAGGGAUGGGAUGCAGGGACAGCUUGGAAUUUCAAAGUUACAGCCAAACCCCUACAAUAUGGGAGGCUACCACACAUAG